CUUGUCGUGUGACGUGAUCCAGCAGUGGACUUAUAUAUGGUUGGGUGUCAAAAAUAUGACAUUCAAAAUCUUCGUGGCUCUAAAAUGAAGCUAUCGAUAUUGCCGACUAUCCUCCUGCUAGUGCUUCCUUAUGGCUAUUGCAUCAAGUCUCUUAAUGUUCGCCAGAUAACAGGCAGCGCCGAAAACACUGAUCUCCCGUUUUGGGACCAGGACAGGCAAGUACUUUAUGCUGUGAACUUAAACAAGCCCACGAUAUAUCAAUGGGACUACAAAACCGGAAACGUAACAUCUAUCGAGUUGGCUCAAAAGUCUAUAGGUGCCGUCGUGUCAGUAGAAGGUAGCUCCAACAAGUUGGUAGUGCUCGCAGACCGUGACGUAUUGAAGGUAGAGUGGGAUGGAAAGAAAAACAACACAGGAAAAAUUCAAAAUAUGAAGAAAAAUGGAAACUUCGAAGAAAAAGAUGAACCUGCGGAAGCGAAAGUAGGACCGGGUGGGAAGCUUUGGUUAGGUACUUAUCAAUUGGAAGAAGGUCCUGGUUACAAUUUUGCCAAAGGUAAAGGAUCUCUCUAUGCGUUAACGUUCCAAGGAGGCGAUACCGUGACAAUCGAAAAGAAACUCUCCAAUUUGACGUUCCCGACCGGCAUAGCUUUUUCGCCAGACGACGAGCACUUUUACCUAGUAGAUUACCCAUCGAAUACCAUUCAAAAGUUCGUGUUCGAUAAGGAAAACUACAAGUUGGGGAAGAGUGAAAAGUUGUUUGACCUUGCCGAUCACCGACAAGCCCGUGGCAAAGUCAGCAACAUCGUAGUGGGAACACAUGGUAGUCUUUCGCUGAGUUUAUACAACGGAAGUUCGAUACUGGAUAUUGACUCAAAUACAGGCAAAGUGAAAAGUUUCAUUACCCUGCCUAUACAUCUGCCUACGGGAUUGGAGUGGGGCGGGCCUAAGAACGAUACCCUCUACGUGGGUUCCUCUACCAACUCCCUGCCGAAGAAGUACUUGGAGUUGAACGCUUUCAGUUCGGGCGCGAUAUACGCUAUCGAAAACAUGGGUGUUACUGGCUUCUCAUCCAGGAGGCUCAAAAUUAACUGAUCACAAAUAACCAAUGAAAAUGUUUUCCUUGUCCUAAUAAAGUUCUAUUU